UUGCAACAGACCGUACAACCAAGAGAUGGGCCACAUGCGUUGAAUCUGACUGUAGUCAGACCGAUCCUUUUGUUUACAAAUCUUGUUAUCAUGUGACGACAUCUGCAUUCUCCACGCGGGAGUCUUUCGCGAGGUGGACUGUUUUCUUGAAUAAAAGUUCUUUCUUCCUCUCAGGUAAGAUGUUGACCUCAAAGCUGCUCACUCUGGUCCUGAUAGUCCAACCAGGUAGAGUGCUGCUGGGCAUGAAGAAGAGAGGCUUUGGUGCGGGCAAGUGGAACGGAUUUGGGGGCAAAGUUCAACCCGGAGAAACCAUCGAGGAAGCAGCUAGAAGGGAACUUCAGGAAGAAAGUGGCCUCACAGUGGACGUUCUGGACAAGAUUGGAAAUAUCAAAUUUGAAUUUCUUGGAGAAACAGAGAUGCUUGACGUCCAUGUCUUCAGAGCUGACCAAUAUAAAGGUGAACCAACAGAAUCAGAGGAAAUGAGGCCUCAGUGGUUUGACUGUGACAAAAUUCCUUUCAGUCAGAUGUGGGCCGAUGAUGUUUUAUGGUUCCCUUUGAUGCUACAGAAGAAGAAAUUUGUGGGAUACUUCAAGUUCCAGGGUGAGGAUGUGAUUCUCAGUCACAAACUGGAGGAGGUUCAAGAGCUUUGAUGUGAAACCUUGUAGUGUUUUAUGCCUGGGACUAUGAGGAAAAAAAUAAGUGUUUAAAUAUUGCCAAUUAUUACUGAAGGUAACUGUUGGUGUCCACUGUUCAUUUAGUGAAAGGAAUGAGUUGAUCAUUUGGAUAGGAAGAAGAAGCAUUUACUGUACACACUUUUCAACUGUAACAAGUGGAAUUAAAUUUUUUUUCCAUAACCCGCUUCAUUGGAGGUUUUCUUUAGAAAUAUCAGCAUAUUAAUCAAAGCAGCAGCAGCAUGUUGAAAGCAAGUUUAUUUCUGAACUAACAAAAUUCAGCAAAAUGUAUUCAGUACAAUUUAUAUUUUGCUUUUAAUACAAAAUAUAGAGUUAUAGGUUCACUAGGUUUAAUAUUGUUGGUUGUUAAACUUAGUCCUCAACAAAACAUAUGUAUGUAUACAAUAUAUUCACAGUCCUAGCAAAUAUAGGUUUAAAAUAACUUACAUCCAACCAUAUGUUUGGUUUUGAAUGGCCAGGAGGUCAUUUUGAGGUCCAUUCUCAUUUUUUAGUCAGAGUCACUCCAGAAUGUUAACAUUACAUCCAGUCAACAGAAACAUGUCUAAAAAAAGUAAGUUAACUUUAAACCUAAAUCUACUAGGGUUUCAUACUUGUGCAUCCCAUUAUUGUUGGUGUGAUUAACAGGCAUUUCUAGUGUAUGAAUCUAAUUGUUACACCCAGAUUCAUUAACUGUGAUCAUCAAGUCUCCUUUCAAUUUGUUUAUUAAAAUAUAAAAUCUUUUGAUAUAUAUAAUCUUAUAAUAUAGGACCUGCAAAAGAAAACUGAGUUCAAAAUUGAAUCAAAAACAGUGACAACCUAAAGUUAGAGGAUUAAAGACCCAUUACAGUAGUCAAAAAUUAAAGGGGUGUUGUGAAUGAAUUAGAAUAGACCUAGUUUUCUCUUUCAAUAUUUGUUGAACUGAAUUUUCAAAGUAAAUUAGCAAACUCUACUUGCAAAACUGCUUUUAGAGUGCCUGCAAACUUUGCUGUUUCUAGAUAUAUAAUGACUGAUAAGAUAAGGAUUUGCAAACUAUUCUUUGGUUUAUUUGGAGUGUCCUUUAUUUACCUGAAGAAGUUCUUUAAAAUAUGUUCUUGUUUCUAGUCACAUUUUUCAUGUCCAAACAUAAAAAAUAAAAAAAAACAGGUUUGUCAAAAAUAUAAACAAUGCAGGUAUGUAGCAUUUGUACAGCAAUAAAGUUAUUCAUGAAAAUGCAAUUGAUAGAUAAAAAAAAAACAUCCAGAAAGACUGAAAUCUUAGUGUCCAACUUCUGAAAAGCUGUAAACGGAUAAUUUUAUGUCAGAAUAAAUGAGUGUUAACCAUUUUAGAUCCCUUGUAUAAUAACACCUUGUUACUGUGCUUACAUCUGGAAAAGUUGAUUCUGAAAUAAAAACAUCACAGAACACAAA